AUGAUCGGAUGUGGGAGCAUGGGCGGCGGCAUGGCCCUUUUAUUUGCGGAGCACGACAUAACUGUUUACCUCGAGGAUCCGUCAGAAGAGCAGGUAGACUCCGUCAUUCAGUCUGCAAAGAAAGACGGAAUCGGACACAGAGUGGAGAAGACUCAAGAUUACCAAGAGAUGUGCCAGAAACUCGACUCUCCGAGAGUCUUUGUGUUCUCACUACCACAUGGUAAUGUUGGAGACAGCGUCGUGGAUGGCCUACAACGGUAUCUGGACAUUGGUGACAUCAUCAUCGACGCAAGCAACGAAAACUGGCAGAACACACAGAGAAGGCAAGGAAAGCUGGCCGCUCAGGGUGUUUGCUAUAUCGGCAUGGGUGUUUCCGGUGGAUACCAAGCUGCACGUAGAGGACCGUCUAUGUGUCCCGGAGGAGAUCAACCGGCGCUGAAACAGGUUAUGCCGCUUCUGGAGAAAGUCUGCGCGAAAGACUCGAAGGGACGACCUUGCGUUGGUAAUGUUGGAACGGGAGGUUGCGGCCACUAUGUCAAGAUGAUCCAUAACGGCAUCGAACAAGCUAUGAUGAGCGCUGUCGCGGAAGCGUUUCAGGUCAUGAACGUUGGCUUGGGCAUGACUCUGGACGAAAUCUCGGAAGCAUUUGCAAGGUGGAAUACCGAAGGAGAACUUCGAAACACUUUUCUUGUAAGUAUUGCGGCAGAUAUCUGCAAGACAAGAGACGAGAGUGGCAAGCUCGUACUCCCGGCCAUUCAAGAUAAGGUCGUGCAAGACACCGACGAUACUGAAGGGACCGGAAUUUGGACCAAUAUUGAAGCUAUCCGACUACAUAUUCCAGUGCCUUCAAUCGCCACUGCUCACUUCCUUCGUCUUGCAUCGGGCGACCGAGCUCAGCGAGUACACGCCAAGGAAACGAGUAAACACCACGAAACCAUACACAAGAUCGACCAAGACCGAAAAGAAUUCCUUGAAGACUUGCGUCUGGCUCUGUAUGGAGCAUGCGUGGCAAGCUACGUUCAAGGAUUGAAGAUCAUUGACAAAGCUGACAAAGAAAACAACUGGCACAUUAACUUCCUCACUGUCACCCAGAUAUGGCGCGCUGGCUGUAUUAUUCAAGCAGACACGAUCACCGAUCUUAUGGAGGAAGUCUACACAUCGAAUGGCACAGACAAGGAGAGGAAUCCUUUGUUCUCUCGAAGCUUCAUGGACGAACUCAACAAGACCUACCUUCCUCUGAGACGAGUGGUCGCCAGGUGUGUGGAGACGAACGCGGUGAUUCCGAGCUUCAGCGCAACUCUGGAGUACAUGAAGUACUCCAGUAACACACAACUUCCCACGGACUUCUAUGAGGCAGAGUUGGAUUACUUUGGAAAGCACAUGUUCGAUCUGAAGAGUGAUCCCCCUGGUAAACCAGUGACUGGCACGCACCAUUUCGAGUGGAAACCAGCAUAG